AGAUAAUAGGGAUAAGCUAAUGCUAUCCUACCCGCACACUCCAUUUAGAAUUAGAAGUCACUGUGUUCAGACUUAGUGACUGACAUUAUGAGGCACUGACAUCAAAAAAAGACUUCACUUUAUGUAGCGUAGGAAUUAAGGAAACAAUGGACAGAACAGAUGUACAGUCCAUGGAGCUGGUAAAAAGGCAAGAGCGUUUUGCUUCGUUUCAUGGUCUACCGGUAAGUAAAUUAUGGCCUAGACCAAAAUAAUCACACUAUGGACACGUUGAAUAAUUUAUAUCAUUGGGGGGCUACCAUGUAAUGCAGGGGAUGUAUCUUUAUACCAUUGGAGUAACAUCUGAGAAAGUAAGGGGAGAAAGUGUCUAAAAGGGUUAUUGUAAUAUCUCAUUGUUAUAAUUUUAUCCUUAUGUUUUUACAUAACAGUCUCGUAAGGAUAGAGGAUAAUGAUGUUGUGUGUGUUAUUUUGCAUUUAACUUAAAACAUUGCAAGUGUUAAAUAUAGAUUUCAUGGGAAAAAAAUGUAAGUAACACUACUUGGGAGGAAAAAAAUGAUGGACCCCCAUCUAUUAAUACAAAAUCAGUAUUGCAAUGGCUACAGUUUAUAAAACAACUAAGCCUUAACGAUAGCAAAGCAUAUACCAUGUCCUCAUAGCGGAAUAAGGCACGCGUAGCAAACAUAGAUUAAACCAUUGAGGAUCCAUGUUAUUGCUGUAAACGCUGGCCGGGCCCCUAAGGUAUUAAAUGUAUGCAUGAUAAGAAUGUAAGCUCAUUGAGCAGGGCCCUCCAACUCUCUGUUCCUGUACGUCCAGUUGUCUGGUUACAAUUACAUGUCUGUUAGUCCACCCAUUGUACAGCGCUACGGAAUCUGAUGGCGCUAUAUAAAUAAUAAAAUAAUAAUAAUAAGCACUGGACUCUCUUUUUUGAGCAGUGCUGUUGCUAAAUGAAUUGGACUAGGGUCGUUAAAGAACAGAAUAUUGGCACCAUCACUUCUGGUCCUGAAGAGGUUAAUGUGAAUUGGGAAAGAAUAGCCACUAAGGUUUGUUGUGCAGAAAAGCUAAUUACUAGAAAUUCUUAAUACUGGGAAUAUGGGUCUUCACUUCUUUCACUACAGGUCUUGUUUUAAGGAGCUAAUUCUAAGACAUAAACUAUUAGCAUAUCUCUAAGGGUCACUUAUUUCCAAGCAUGGCUUUGGGUUAUACGACUAUGACAAUACUUCUACAAGCCCAUGAAUUGUAAUAUAAAUCAAAACACUGAUACUUAGCACGUAUUAAUGUAUCACAAAGAAUUAAUGAAUUAAUUUUGGUGCCAACACCCAGGAGACACUGGAAAGUAUCCGACAGCUCUGUUAUAGCCAGCAUUCUAUAGAAUAAAAGAAGCAAGAUACCGUUACUCAAUUGUGUUACAGCUAUGCGUAUGAAACGGGACCUGCGUGUCCGACUGACUGUAAUUGCUAAUUGGCACAUUGAGACCUGCGAGUCUCUGUGCAUCACAAUAUGCUUUACCAUCCAAAAUGAUCCGCGAGUCACUAUAAAUAACUUUUUUUUUUCAUGCAUACAAACGACACAAAAGAUAUAAUAAACACAUAUUUACAAAAAAAAAAUAAGCAAGAAAUGGAAUUCUUAAGUAUGAACCUUUUCUGAUGAUCUCUUGUAGCGGACGACAGAGACAGUUUUUUCAAACAAUUAGCACAUAAGACAAGCUGAAAGAUUCAGGGAUAUCUAAAAAUGUACCUUCUUAUGUCAUAUAUGUGCAUAACCCAUGGACACUUUUGGUCUUUGAAAACGCUGUUAUUAGAGCUGAAAUGUUUAUUUGAAGUAUAACGCACUAUUUAUUGAUAAUAUUGAGAAAGUAUAUGAAAUUGUCUAAACUAUUUGCCAAUCUAUGGAGAGAUGUUUUUGAUACAUUAUGCAAUUUAUGCAUAGACUGGCUAAAGUAAUAAUAUGCUGUCAUAUCUUUUUUAUAUCAGGGUUUUGCUAACACAAACGCUGUAGACACUCCAUUAUUUGGAAGCCAGUGCAAUAAAUAGUAAUCUAUUAGAGGUAGUCACUAAAGUAGAAAAAGCCCAGAAUUCGGAGUGAAUUUCAAAUCUAUUGUUUUAAGUUUGGCUCUUUUGGCCUUAAAUAUUGAAUUCAUGGCUACUCUUACUAUACUGAAUUGCUAAUUUACAAUUGAAAUUCACAUUAAAUUUGUUUUGAGUGUGUCCUUUUUUUCCUGGGUUGGCAAAAGAUAUGGAAAAAUUUAGGAAAAGUCACUUAACCCUUCGAGGGACUGCUUUGGUGAUUAAUGAGUGAAAUUCAGGCAAAUAUAUGUUACAUAAACUCAUGACUCAUAGACUUAUAGAAAUGAGGAAGGAUAAUGUGGCUGAUGAACAUUAAUUAAUUUUGUGGAUGAAAUUUCUUGCAAGUUUUGCCCAUUGGCCAAAUCAUACUGUUUCUUUCACAGAGUUCCCUCAGAUUAAUAAGUAAUAUUCAUGAUGAAUUCUAGCCAGUUUGUUGGGGAUAAUCCAAAAGUGAUUGUAAUCAAAUUGAAUAGGUUACCUGCACCACUGUCAUCACACACGUAGUGAAUUAACAGGUUUUAUUACAAAUUAGAUUUUCUAUUGAAGCCUGACCUGUGUAUGAAAUAGAUUUAUUUAAUUGAUUCUUUUAAAAGCUUUUGUCCUGAGAAAUAAUUUGUAGAAUUUGCUUUGGAUUCUCCUUGUAUACAAACUCCGCUGUACAACAGGUGAACUAACAAAAAUGUAUUUGCAACGAGACAAGAUGGACGCACUGGAACAGAGGGUGUAGAGGGCCCUGAUCAAACAAGCUUACAUUCUAGGAGUGGGGCAAAGUGGCACAAAGGGCAAGGGUGGGAUGCAUAUCAUGUACGGGAUAAAGUAGGUUACUAGAAUAGUUUACAGUGAAGGGUUCAUUUAUUGGCUGACACAGUUGCAGGAGAGGAACUAAGGCGGGCUACCAAAGUGUGGGAAGGGAAAACUGUUAACAGUUUAAUUAGUAUGCUUUCCUAAAUGGUAGAUGGUUUCAACCCUGUGCAUUACAGGACAUUCUUACUUUGUUUAUCGGCUAAAAGCCGUUAAUGGACAAAAACUUCUGGAUAUUUUUUGCAGGGAUUUAAAUCAUUUUUAAAACUCACCUUAUAUUCUCUGUAGUGAUUUUACUGUUUAACAACCAAUGACAUUCCAGUCAAAUAUCACAGUCUUGUAUUUAAACCAACACAGUUUUAUAUUAUUAUUAUUAUUAUUAUUAUAGGCUUUUAUAUAACGUCAUUACAUACAGCAGCACUUUAUUAUUAUACAGUGGGGAUAUAUACCACAGCAAGUGACUGACGGACAAAAUAAUGUUGACAGAUACAAGUGGUUAAGAGUGCGCUACUUAAACAAACAUAUGUUGAGGUGGUUAUGGUACAAAGAUUAUUUUGGGUGCUGUACCCCAUCUUCUGUCAAGCCAUUUGGAAUGUGGUACUAACCUACCUACAGAGCUUGCAGUCCAACACUGUUGUCAAAGGUUGAAUGGCUUUGGAUGUCUGAUUUUGCAAUACACCUUGUAUAUUACGUAACGUAGCAGUAUAUGGAUGCUGUGGACAGCUGCGACCCUAUAAGUGCCAUAACAAUUUGUUACAAAAUUAGUAAUACAUAUGAUCAGAUUAAUGAUGCAGGGGGAAAAAAGCCUUGAUUUGGAAUAGGUGGAAAGACGGACAGUUUUAAUAUGGUAUUAUUAAAUUUCUUUAUUUUUGUGUAGAAAUCCUAUUCCUGAACUUAUAGAUCACUUAUAAAUAAUAUUUUCACAGGUUGGUGUAAUGCCUGGAGAGAACCUAUUUGUUCCUGAAGAAGAUAACAGUUUAUAUUUUACAUAUUCUGGCAGCCCAAAUGUGCUUGAGGUUAAAGAUCUGCAUUACCAGGUAAGAGAGGGUUUUAUUUCAUGAAUGAAACAACUACAUAUACAUUUGGUAUUUUGUGUAUUCCUCAUUCCCGUCUGCGAGACUUAUUAAAUGAUUGAAGACUAGAGGAUAAAAGAAAGAGUCUGAUGGAGGUUGGCAGGCUGUUCCAGAAGAGAGGGACUGUCAGGAGAAGUCUUGCAUGCAAGAGUUAGCAGUAAGGAUUAUAGCAGCAGACAGGAGAAGGUCCCCAGCCGAGUGGAGAGACUGAGAAGGGCCGUGCCUACGCCUGUAACAGGCGCUAGAGGUGUUUAGAGCUUUAUAGGUAAGGGUCAGUAUUUCGAAUUGACUUCUGUAGGGUACAAUGUAAGGAUUGACAGAGGGGCAAGGUGUGAGAGGAGAGAAAAAUCAGAUUGGCGGCAGCAUUCAUUACGGACUGUAGCAAGGCAGUUUCUGAGAAAAUCAGUUUGGAGAGAAUUAAAGUAACCAAUGCAAGACAUUACUAGAGCAUGAACAAGCUUUCUCAUAGAAUCUUGCGUAAUGAAGGGGCAAAUGCGGUCAAUGCAUUUUAGGUGGAAUUGGCAGGUUUUAGCAAUGGAAAUGAGGUGUAAAGGUGGGUCCAUAAUCAAAAAUAACACCAAGACAGCGAGCCUGCAAGGACAGGCUGAUGCAGGUACCAUCAACCUGCAGUGAGAGUGAAAGAGAAGGAUUAGUAUUAGGAGCAGGAAGGAAGAGAAACUCAGUUUUAAGGAGAUUGAGUUUCAGAAAACAGGAGGACAUCCAACUGAAGAUGGUAGAGAGGCGAUUAGGGAUGUAUUCUAGAACAGCGGGGAGAGAUAAGGGGAGAUGAGAUAUGAGAUGACCCACCACUUGUUCAAUAGCCUGUGAGAAAGCCGGAAGGUUGGACAGGCACAGUCUAUGUGUGUUUGAGAGAGGGAGAAGAAUUCAUUGCCAAAGGGAGAAGAAUUCAUUCCUUAACCCCUUGAGACCGCAGCCAAAUGUACACGUUGUGAUCAAAACAAAACGUAAACAACACCUGGCAUUUGCGCUACAUGUCUGUCCAACCGUUAUUCACCUCUUUCAUAUUAAAGGACCAAUAUAGUGCCAGGAAAACAUACUCGUUUUCCUGGCACUAUAGUGCCCUGAGGGUGCCCCCACCCUCAGGGACCCCCUCCCGCCCGGCUCUGGAAGGAGGAAAGGGUUAAAAACUUACCUUUUUCCAGCGCUGGGCGGGGAGCUCUCUGCUUCCUCUCCUCCUCCGUUCCUCCUCCUGGGCUGAAUGCGUACGCGCGGCAAGCGCUGCGCGCGCAUUCAGCCCGUCGCAUUCAGCCCGUCGCAUAGGAAAGCAUUUACAAUGCUUUCCUAUGGACACUUGCGUGCUCUCACUGUGAAAAUAACAGUGAGAAGCACGCAAGCGCCUCUAGUGGCUGUCAAUGAGACAGCCACUAGAGGAAACAGGGGGAAGGCUUAACCCAUUCAUAAACAUAGCAGUUUCUCUGAAACUGCUAUGUUUAUAAAAAAAUGGGUUAACCCUAGAAGGACCUGGCAUCCAGACCACUUCAUUAAGCUGAAGUGGUCUGGGUGCCUAGAGUGGUCCUUUAAAUGCAACCACAUUUAUUAUAUAUCAUUUUAUUCAGGGGAAACAGGGCUUUCAUUUAACAUCAAAUAUCUAGCUAUGAAACAUAAUUUAAUAUGAAAAAAUGGGAGAAAAUAAGAUUUUGUUUACAUUUUCUUAGUUCUUCGUAACAUUUUAACUGUGAAUGUCAUAAUACUGUUUGCUUUUACUGCAAUAAAAUAGACAUAUUUGUAUUCAACGAUGUCUCAUGUGUAAAACAGUACCCCCUAUGUACAGGUUUUAUGGUGUUUUGGGAAGUUACAGGGUCAAAUAUGGCAUGUAACACUUUUCAGUUUUUUCACAUGGAAAUUCUCCAGAUUGGUUACGUAGCCUUUGAGACUGUAUGGUAGCCCAGGAAUGAGAAUAACCCCCAUGAUGGCAUACCAUUUGCAAUAGUAGACAACCCAAGGUAUUGCAAAUGGGGUAUGUCCAGUCUUUUUUAGAAGCAACUUGGUCACAAACACUAGCCAAAGUUAACGUUAAUAUUUGUUUGCUAUUGAAAAAUGCAAAAAAACUAAUUUGAACGCCAAAUUUUGGCCAGUGUUUGUGACUAAGUGGCUACUAAAAAAGACUGAACAUACCCCAUUUGCAAUACCUUGGGUUGUCUACUUUUGCAAAUGGUAUGCCAUCAUGGGGGUUAUAUAUGUAAAAUUAUUAUAUAUAUAUAUAUACGUAAGUGUAUGUAUAUAUAUAUAUAUAUAUAUAUAUAUAUAUAUAUAUGUAUAUAAUUUUUUUAAAUUAUUUUUAUUUAUAUAUAGGUAUACAUAUAGUGAUAUAUACGUAUAUACUUAUAUAUAUAUAUAUAUAUAUAUAUAUAUAUAUUAUUUUGUUCUAUAUGUAUUUUGAUAUCAAUAAAUUACAAGAAAUUACACACAUAUAGUUUAAUUAUUUAUUUUUAAUAUUUUUUUUAUUUUUUAACGUAUUUACAUAUUUUAUUUUUUAUUAUAUAUAAAUAUAUAUAUAUAAUUAUAAAUAUAUUUACUCAAUAUCCUUCUACGUGUAUUUUGAUAUUAAUAUAUAUUUAUAUAAUUAUAUAUAUAUUAAUAUUAAAAUACACUUAGACAGUGUAUCUGUAAAUACACCGUGAUCUGCAGGGGGAUCCUGCCUGUAGUUACAUGUGUCAGCCAAAACAUAGUAACUCUGAUCGCAGUGACAGGCUGUCACUGCGAUCAGAUCGCAGGGAGAGGCUGUUUCUGCGAUCAGAUCGCAGUGACAGCCUGUCUCUGCGAUCAGACUCUGCAGAUCGCGGUCACUGACUGCAGGGGCACUGCCUGGGGGUCCAGGCAUGUCCCCCGACCGCGAUCUGUAGAGUGAAAAUGCCACGGCUCCACGUGUCAGCCGAUUUUAAAAUCGGCUGACACAUGGUAAAUACCGAUCGCAGUGACAGCCUGUCACUGCGAUCAGAACGUGCAGACCGCGGUCCCUGGGCACAGGGAGGCUGCCUGGGGAGCAGGCAUGCCCCCCAACCGCGAUAUGCCGUGACCAUGUGCCACCGGCCACGUGGGAGGCAAGACCACCCAGGGCGUUCUAUGCUGCCUUGCGGCGUUUAGAGCCAUCCAAAUAGGGACCGCAUAGAACACCAUGCUAUCUUAAGGGGUUAACAGAUCAAUCUUGUAAAAUAGAAGGUAUCAGCUGAAAGGUUAGUUUGGGGUUUGCCACAGUAGGGCAAUGAAGGAAAUGGAACAUAUCAACGAGAUGCCUGGGAUUGUGGGAGUGUGUAUUUAUAAAUCAUCUAGAAAUGCUAUUUCUGCAUAUGACUUUGGGUGCAAGACUUGAUACCUGUCCUGAGUGAAUGGUCCCAAGGCAAAAGAGCUACAUCUGGGGCUUUAACCUUUGAAGCCAUUCCCCCGAAAUACCUACGGGUCAAACCCUUCUAAAAACACUACAGCUUACAUUUAAGUUAACUUAAAUAUUGUGCACUGUAUAUACAUGUCAAGCCUCACUACAACGAUGUUCAUUAUUAUGUAGCGGGUACCUGCUGUUGGGGCAUGGCACACGCAUAUACAACUGUAUUUUUUUCACAUGCACUCAAAAAUAAAGAAUUUAUAUUAAAAAAAAAAAAACACUACAACUGAUGGAAGUAUAGAAUUAUUUCCCAUAAUUAAUGGGUUUUCAGCUGAAAUAAAAAAAAUAAAAAAAAACCUUUGAAAUAAAUCAGUGAAUUGUGAUAAACCGAAAGCUGAAUUGCAAAAAUAAUUUUAAAAUAGUUAGUCAAGCUCUGUCUGUAGCUGAGCUAGAUCAUUUUUUUCCAAAACAGCUAUAUUGGUCUACAUAUUCCAGUCUGGUUUUCCAUUCACUAAAAUCCACUGUUUACAUAAUAAAUCAUAUGGUGUGAAAAACAUAUAUUAUUGGUCCUCAAUUCAGUAUUUCUGGCUAAGCUUGUCAAAUGAUUUAACAUUUUGUGAUAAAUACAAAUAUAAAAAAAUAUAUCAUAUAAAAAAAAUAUUGUUAUAUAAAAACAAAAUCGAAAUAUAAAAAAAAAAUAUCUAAUUAGUAAAUAAUUUUUAAGAUUUAUCCAAACAUAUUACAUCAAGGCCUUACUGGUGAUUUUUUUCUUCUUUUAUAAACAAGCCAAAAUUAGGAAAUUUGUAUUUAAUUGGACCUGAAUUCACCAUUUAUUUAAUAAAACAUAUAUUUUAUAACAGAUGUAUCAACGCAUAACAGAGUAAACUCCUAAGUUAGACUGCCAUAUUUUUAUGAUGAUACAAAGACAGGGUAUUUCAGACUAUAUAGUCAAGAAACAAUUACUAUGGAAUAAAACACUAAAGAAUAGGUAUAUCAGGAUAGAUAUUUAUGAGAAGAUUAAUAUAGAAUUAACAUGCUAAAGACAGGAUAUAACUGGCUAGAUAGUCACAUGUAGAUUAUUAUAGAAUAAACAUGGUGGGCUAUUGUUGCAAGAGUGACUACCUAGGUAUCGUUGUCGUUUGUCAAAUUAGCAGGUAUAGCAAAAAGGGUCAAAGUAAGACAAAGUAGAUAUACAUGUCCGAACUUAAGCUUGGGUAAACGACAGGUUGCACAACAAGUUAAGCACUCUCUAUGCAUGUUUAUGGUACUAAAUUGGUGAGAUUAGAAAACCUAUAUUUUUUCAACGUGUCCCAACAUGUGUCAUUAGUCUUGCAUUCUUUGUCUUCAAGGUUAAUUUAGGUGCUCAGAUCCCAUGGUACGAGAAACUGGCAGAGUUUAAAAUGCCGUGGGAAUGGAAUAAAGGGAAUGAAACCUCCACAAUUAGAAAUCUGAAUGUGAGGGUAAACAGUGGGCAAAUGUUGGCCGUUAUUGGAAAUACAGGUAAGAUGACUACAUAGCCCAUAAACCCCUACUAUACAGUAGCUUACAGUUAUAAGAACGAGGACAGAAUGAAAAUGUCCUGAUCGCUGGAGAUUCGUACUGAUCUGGGUGUAGUUUACGGAUUUGCUAAUUUUUUACAGUUUCUUAGUGUUAUCAUAUUUUUUUUUGCUUAUAUCAGUGAUGCAACUUGCAUCAUUAUCUUAUUGAAAACCAGCCAAGAAAAAAAUAUAUAUAUUUAUUUAGUGCUGACAUUGCACAUUGUAGCUGGAAAAAAACCACAUGGAGACAGUCACUUGGCCGGGUUUCCCAAUCAUUUUCUACAAAUGUGCUGCUUUGAUAUCUGCUUGUCAACCCCUCCCUCCUCACAUACUAUGCAAGAUGAAUAGAUAAUUUGACAGAUUUAAAAAUAAUUUACUAAAGUAAGAAUUCAAAGUGAAUUCUCCAAUUCAGCCAUGCUUUAAGUUUGGCUACUCUAUCCUAAAAGUUACAAUUCACUAUAAAUUCUCACUUUGUGAAUAACCCUGUUGGAGAUCGCUGCAAGUGAAUGUAACAUUUAAAAUAUCCGCAAAGAGAGGUGAAUAACCAGUGUGCAAACUGCACGUUCACCAUUAAUGUGUUGGUUUAAACGUCUACUAAAAUUCAGACUCCAUAGACCAGAAUGAGAGGGUCCUGAUAAGCUGAUCUAUUUCCUGGAGUGAGCAGAAUUCCGACAGAACUAAAAUAAAAGUCAUAAAGUAGAUUGCUAUGUGUUUCAUUUAUAUAUCUAUUUUGGAAUACAAAGGGUCAAUGAAUUUUAACUGUGCGUGAAGAAGUAUCAUCAAAACCAGGGAUUUGCUUCAAGAGUCUACAUUUCUACAUAACUCAUUUUACUGCCCUGUGUUUCUGUUUUUAUAGGAUGUGGGAGGACGUCAUUACUUGAUAUCAUUACAUGCAAAGAUGAAGGUGGAAAGAUCAGAUCGGGAGAGAUACUCAUUAACGGGAUAUUAAUAAACAAACAUUUAGUUAAGAAAUGUGUCGCUCACGUGCGCCAGGAUGAUCAGCUCUUGCCACACCUGACAGUCCGAGAAACACUCUCUUUUAUUAGUAAACUACGCCUUCCCAAAUCAUAUUCGGAGGAGCAAAGGAAGAAAAGGGUAGGAAUGUGGUUUAUUUUUUUAAAUCUUGAAGUCAAGAAAUCAUUGAUCUGCCUGUCUGUUCAUCUUUUCUUCUAUUUUAUGAUGGCCUGCUGCUAACAAAUAUUAGGUAUAACUGUUACCUACUGAGCCCUUACAUUAAAAGUAUUGCUAAAAACAAGUGGUUGUGGCGAAAUGUUAGGCCUGCCCAGUCCUACUUCGGACAACAUCAAGUUUACUUAUGUACCAUCUUAUAAGUAGAAAAACUAAAUAAAAUAAAUACACAAGAUUUACAGAUCACAGGGUGCAGGUGUGAUCAGGCCGCAAGUCUCAGGAACACAUGAACCAUCACAAGUGCAGAUUGUUGCCAUCUGCGAUAGAGAUAACUUGCAUCCACACUUUAUUAUUAUUAGUAUUUUAUUAUUUAUAUAGCGCCAUCAGACUCUGUAGCGCUGUACAAUGGGUGGACUAACAGACAUGUAAUUGUAACCAGACAAUUGGAUGUACAGGAACAGAGGGGUGGAGGGCCCAGAUACCACAGAACCUCCCCCAACUAUUAGAGAGAGGUUCUGUAGUAGUAGUCAUUUCAUCCUCCCCUCCCCCCACCCCCCAAUGACUCCUCUUCUGCAACUGUCAAAAAUAACCUAAGUUCUCAGUGAAUACUUUUCUAGCAACCUAUUUCAUUACCCCAACGUAUACCCUUUGUGUCAUUAUACCCCACUCCCUCUAGCAUGCAAGCUCAUUGAGCAGGGCCCUCAAUCCCUCUGUUCCUGUGCGUCCACUUGUCUGAUUUCAAUUACGUGUCUGUUAGUCCACCCAUUGUACAGCGCUACAGAAUUUGCUGCCGCUAUAUAAAUAUUAAUAAUAUUGUUUAUGGCAGCAUCAAAAAUACAUUUUGGAUUGCCUAAACAUUGAUCAGUUUGGAAUUUAGUAAAUAGAUCUUUUGCAGGUAUGGUGCCUCCCAUUGGCUACACUUUCUCCACAAUUCUUUUAUUUCCACAGGGAUUCAGUGUGUAUAGAGUCAUAAACAUAAUAACUUUCUUUUUUUUUUUAAUAGUACCUUUAGAACUUUCAGAACAGGUUUGUGCCGAUAUUAAUUACAGGAUUACUUUUCAGGUUACAAUUUGACGCUUCCGUUAUUACUCCUGAUGCUUUACAAAUACAUUUUAAAUGUUAGUGUUUAUAGAUGAUUAAAUAAUAGACUAUAGAGCAUGUUAAACUUAGAAUCUUUUAUGCCCAAUUUAUUUAUUUUUUCAUCACACUAAUAGGUGGAAGAGGUCAUAGCAGAGCUCAGGUUACGGCCAUGUGCCAACACUAAAGUUGGGAAUGAAUUUACCCGAGGAGUAUCAGGUGGAGAACGACGUAGAGUGAGCAUUGGGGUCCAACUUCUCUGGAAUCCAGGCAUGUAUACACCAAGCUAAUUGCAAUUACAGUUCACAUAAAACAGGAAGCUGGAGGAACACAUGACUGUUACCUUUCUGGUAGUAUACAAAAGAACCUGAUGGUUUUACAGAAAGAGUGUUUACUACAGAAGAGUAACUGAUGGCCACAUCCCACCUGUUAAUAUUGGGCAAGUACCAUCUGGUCCAUACUUUGGCUCAUAGUCUGUUUUGAAGUAUUGAGUCAAAACUCUUGCUUAAAUCUAAUUUGGUUUAAUCUGGGAAAGUUGCAGUUUACAAUUUAUGACCAGUUGACCAAAAAUACAAGACAACAUUUUCAGAAUUACAUAAUGAAAGUCAUAUUCCUUACACUCCUUUUCUUCUACUACAGGUAUUUUGAUACUGGAUGAGCCCACGUCUGGUUUGGACAGUUUUACUGCACACAACCUUGUGAUAACUUUGUCGAGGCUCGCCAGGGGAAAUCGAUUGGUCAUAUUAUCAAUCCACCAACCUCGCUCAGAUAUAUUCCAACUGUUUGACAUAGUUCUUCUCUUAUCAUCUGGAACCACUAUUUAUUCUGGGACAGCCAAAGACAUGGUGCAAUAUUUUUCUUCUAUAGGAUAUCCUUGCCCCAGAUACAGCAAUCCUGCUGAUUUUUACGGUAGGUAAACAUAAGCACAACUUAAAUUAAGUUUUACUGAAAACUUCCCUUAGUUUUCUGAAGAUGCUCUGAUUUCUCUUUAUAGGUUGACCAAUGAAGGCUGAUCAUUUUCGUUUGACUCCCAAAAAGUUUCCAUUACAUGUUUGUAUCAUAUAAAAUGAUAAAAUGCUGAAAUACAGUGGGGAUAUUAAAUAUAUUGGAUAUUGGGUGUUUCAGAUACCUGGGGUAUAAUGUAGCCGGCUGAUACUUAUUUUAUUUUUCAUUUCAAUAAUGUCAAUUUUAAAAGGAAUAUUGAUCUCUUUCUAAUGCCAUAUAUAGAUAAUCCUUUAAAAAUAAACACAUGGUUAAAAAUUGAAAAAAAAAAUGUAAAAAACCAAAACAAAACAAAAAAGAUACUUGCAAGUUGAAACAGCUGACCUGCCCUUCCAAAAUCGGAAAGAGACUCCACCAAUCAGGAACCCUUCUUUCUGGUCUAUGUUGAGGUUUCCUAUGAAUCUCUGUCUACACAUUAUCAAUGGCAUAUGUAGUUAAGACUUUAGCUGGUAUUGUACUGAUAAGAUCAGCUUUUGAUAGUCCUGUUCAACAUUUUGUGAUGGGCUGUGUGCAGCCAUCUGACAAUACCCCAUCUACACAUGCACAACUCUGAGAGAGGUAGGGACGUUGGCAUUGUAUGUAGAACUCAUGUACAAGUUGGACAGAAGUUGGACACUUAGGAGAAGGUACAACUUUCUCCUCUGCAAUUCACACCAGAGCCUCAGAGGGGGCAGUCUAAGAGAUGCAUACAUUUUGAAAAUUGCUACAGUUAGAAGCGUAUCUGUGCAGAGAAACAGGGUCCGAGAACGGUAUACGCCAUAUGCAUUCACUUUGUCCAAAGGUUUAUUUAAACUGUUUUAUUUACUGGCUAUAUAAAGAAGUAAAACGAAAUAAACUGACAUAUAACUACAUAAUUGUCUUGGUUGAAAAAUAGAGUCCAGUCCAUCAUUAAAAUAUAUCUUUUCAUGCUGUUGGUCCAAAAGAAGGAAAAAACUAAACCGAGUAGCAUUUUAAAGCGAUGGCCAAUUAUGCCAGAGAAGGGGAAAAAAAUUAUAUUCUUGACUCUAUAAUGGCAGUCAGGUUUCUACUUGGAUCAACAACCAGAUAUAUUUUAAUUAUAUCUUUGAAUAUUCUGUUUUAAAAAACAAACAAACAAGCAAACAUAAAACAUAACAGCAUAAAAUGAUAAAACACCCUUAUUUGUCUUACUGUGAAGAACGUUUUCUUCUGCUGUGAGUAAAAUAAAAUUAAUUUAGUAAAAUCAACAAACUAUUCCUGCAUUAUGUAUAUGUCAUUUCUGUGAUUUCAGUUGAUCUGACCAGCAUUGAUAAACGAACCAAAGAGCAGGAAGCUGAAUGUCUAGAAAGGACAAGAUUCCUGGCUCAAACAUUCUGGGAUAAAGUCAAAGAUUCUAAAGAUUUCCUGUGGAAAGUCAGCAAUGAAGAAAACAAAGAUACGGCACCAAGUGAAACGUGGUAAGCUUACCUGAUAUAAAUCUAAUUUAUUAAAUAUUUAUUUAGUCAAAAUAUCCAUUAUCAGAUUUUUGGAUAUGUAGUGACUGUACUUGAGAGUAUUGAUACUUGGUUUAGUCUUUAAUAAUGAACCAAGAUUUAUCGAACCUUUAGAACAAUAAUAAAUAGUGAAAUCAAUUCUAAAUAAAAUAUUCACACCGUUCCCAUUGUUAAAUAAGUCUCUAACUCACAGGAAAGAGCAAUGAUGAUAGUGAAAACCAUUUUUUUGUGAGUAGUUGCUUGGAUGAAUAUAAAAUGUCUGUUAUAAAGGAUUCAUACCAAUACUAAUGAUUUAUUAUUCACUGAAAUGUAGUGAAUUUUCAGCUGAGUUCCAAAAUUGUAGCCAAUUGCAUCCUACUUAUAUAGUAUCAACAUAUUCUGCUGAGCUGUACAACAUGUUUGCCAUGUUCGUAGGAGAACAGGGCUCUGUCCAAAUGAGCUUACUGUAAGGGGCGUUGUUUAGUAGAGGAAGUCCAUGAUGCAGAAGGAAAAACAGCAGAACAGGCACUGAAGGUAUGAACACCGUAGGAUCACAGUAUAUAACUGAGCAAUGAAUCUUAGCAAGAGUGGAGUUUAAAUAGGAAAAGGGAGGUAUAUCACUUACCUUCUCUCCCCCUCCUGAAUACACCCCUUUGUCAGUACUGCCUUCUGUCACUUAAAGAAAGGGUUGUUUCGGUGGGCGUGUGCCAUAGGACUCUCCUGUUCCGUCUGGCAUGCUGGCUCCUGAUUCGCGGUGCCGCUUGUGGGAUGUAGCACAGUUUGUCUCCACAUCACUGCGGGUCAGCCACGUGGAUGAAACGUGCAAAUAUCAGUGUCAGAAUUUGUUGUAAAUCAAAUGAAUCCUUCGAACUAUCUUGGCUACCAAUGUACCAAUGUUACAGCUGUUGGUGAUGUAAUGGUGCCAAGUUUUCUUGGCAAACAUUGCGGCCUUUAAUACCAACUCAACAAGUAAAUGUUUCCAAGAACAUAAUCCUCCAUAUUUUAAAGCAAAUAUUGAUACAAGCUGGUUCCAUAAACCUUGACAGGUGCUUCAGUGACCAGCAUGGUCUUCAAAUCUCAACCCAGUAGAGUAUCUUCAGGAUGAGGUGGAAAAGAGAGAUUAACAGUAUAAACAUGCGAUCAAACUGUUUGCAGGAACUGCAUGCUGCUAUUGGGACAGGAUGGACCAAAACCCAUACAUAAUAUGUACAACACCUCGCUGAACCUGUGGUUACUAUAACACAGACUGUUCUGGAGGUAUACUCUGUUCUGGAUUAGUAUAACCAUAAAAUGAUCACUGAGUGCAGUAACCUGAAAGUAAUGGGAAUAAAUUGUGAAUUUGUAAUAGGAAAAAAAAAUUUUUUUAGAUAUGGAAAAUGGGUAUUCCUUAUGUUUAUGUGGGAAUGAGACAAGACUCCUAUAGGUCGCUUAAAAUAUAUUGAUCAUUUAAUUGUAAUUUUUUAGCAUGCCUGUUUGUUCAUAUAAGCAGUGUUUUUCUUUUUUCCAGUGUAAAUUCUCCAAUCAAAUCAUCUGAAAAAGUAAUUCUUAUGGAUGCACGUGAAGCAGACCAGCUGCCACAAGGAUUUCACCAAUUCUCUGUUUUAAUAAGGUAUUAUCUCAUUGUCUGCUAUCGAUAUACUACUUAUUUUAAAUUACUUUUUUACUGAAUGGUCCAAUGAAAUUAAAUUAAAAAAAGGAGACCUUAAAGUAGGAGCUGAACAAUUGGCAGACAUUGAAAGUUUAAAGUAAUAUAUUGUGAUGUUUGUGAUAGGUAAUAAAAUAUUUCAACAAACACACAUAAAUUUAAUCUCUUAGGACUUAAGGAAGUCAUAAAGGCAACAAACAUGUUUCUUCACAGCUCCCAUUUUGACAAUCAAGAAUUAGGAGAUAAAAUGUCCACCUCUUAAACCCACAUGCUCGUCGUGUCUCCUGUGAGUUUAUUAAUUAAACGCCAAAUUGUAGCAAAUUAAAACCUGAAUGUCCAAAAAUCGCUGAUCUGAAAAAAAAUCUAAAACUCAUCUAUAGAUGUGGCCUGACAUAUUUGCCUUUAUUUUACAAUUUGGUUUUCAAUGUGCUACUAUUCAGAUUUUAGUGAAUAAAACCCUAAAUCUUCAGACAACACACCUUUUUUUCAGAAUAAUCCUAAUUUAUGGGGUGGGUGGCGAGACACAGAGGAAUCUAGAAUGAGAAAGGCAUUGUGUACAUGCCUGUUUUGUCUGAAAACAUUUGCCAGAUGUCCUUUACAGGCUGGUGAAUGUUUUUUAACAGUGGAGAUUGAGGCUCCUCAUGGUUCAUUUUGUAUUUCAUAGAAAAGGGUUUUAGUUUAAUUUCUGGCCAACAUUAGUCCAUUCAAGACCACCAAGGCAAGGUCGACCACUAGAGAAAAACCCUUUCAUAGUUAUGGCUAAAAGCUUUUGAGCUAUGACAUCUUGUUACAGAAAAGGCCACGUUACUAAUCAUUGUACAAUUUAAUUUGCCAUGCUAACAGAUAUACUAUUGGACUGUUUCAUUAUUUUCAAUAGACGGCACAUUUCCAAUGAUUUACGGGAUCUGACAACAUUACUGAUCCAUGGGUUUGAGGCUCUGUUAAUGUCAUUGCUGAUAGGCUUUUUAUAUUAUGGACAAGGAGGUAAUCAGCUUUCUAUACAAGACACAAUCGCUCUCCUCUUCAUGAAAGGAUCCCUCACCCCCUUUGCUGUGGUACUGGACGUCGUAGCAAAAUGUGAGUAUCUAUUAAAAUGGUUUUAAUUAUGUCUUGUGUUGAUAAUUGUUAACAUCAUUGACCAACUCCAUUGAUUCCAGCAUUGAUUCAAUUCAUGUUUUGCAUGUUUAUAGGUCACUCAGAGAGAGCCAUGCUUUUUCACGAAUUGCAAGACGGCUUGUAUUCUGUUCCUUCAUAUUUCUUUGCAAAGGUAAUGUGAUUUUUGGCAGUUUUAGUUUUUUUUUCUUUUUUCUCAUUUAAGAUAAUAUUGUGGCAAAAUAGACAAUAUGUAAAAUCAUGUCAAAAUAUGCUUUAAUGAUCUACGGGACUCCAGCCUAAAUCAUUUGACUACACACAAUUUAAUAGUUAAUUACAUAACUAGAGUGGAUGUAUGGUUGAAUCGUGGAUGAAUGGAUGGAGACAUGAAAAAUGACUAUAGAUUCUAAAUUACAGUAUAAUAAAUUACCCAUUCAUUUGUUCUUUUGUCUCUAAGUACGAUCUUUAAUGCUCUUCUACAGCUUGUGACUUUCUCCUAAUCAUUCAGCUUCUCUCUUUCUCUCUCUCUCUAAACUUAGCCCAUAUUCUUUUUUUCAAUGGUAGAAAAACAAAAUAAUGGACAAAUAAUGGAACAUACGUAGUUCUAACUUUCUUAUAUGUCCUUCUACAGGUCAUUGGUGAACUACCUGAACACUUUGUAUUUGUUGUUUUUUAUGGCGUUCCAAUAUAUUGGUUGGCAAACCUCAAUCCAGAACCAGUAAAUUUCCUACUUAACCUCUCGUUAUUGUUCCUUAUGGUAUAUAGCAGCCGGGCAAUGGCUUUAUGGAUGUCGGCGUUGCUACCCACAAUGCAGAUGUCUUCUUUUCUCAGCAAUGCUCUUUUUACAGCCACUUAUUUAACAGGAGGUUUUAUUAUCAGUCUCGGGAACCUAUGGACAGGUAGGUCAAAAGACAGUUGCUUAUGCAUUAGAAAUAGAUGGGUGACAGUUCCAUCCAAACCAACUCAAGUUCAGACCAAAGACCAAGAGAUCCGUACUCUAAUAUCACAAACCAGAAAUAAAAGAAAUGGUGUUGCGCUUGUCAGUACCCCUUUUGAUAACAUGGUUUCUGUUCAAUCUUUUCCUAUAACUCCAUUAAUGAUAAACAUUGUUUAACAACCUACAAACUGAUGAUGUUGAAUAAUAACUUCUGGAUUGUUCCUAGUUUAGGUAGGUCAUCAAACUUAGUUUUCAGUGGGUCAUAAUCAUCUGCGAUUAUGUCUCUUCGCAAGGUUGAAUGCAAACAAAAACAUUGCCAAAACAUGUGUGCAGGUUGUGGUUACUGUGUAGUGUGACCAUCCUUCUUUACCAAUCAAUUUCCCCCCCAAUAAAACCUGAGAUAUAUUUGUGGUAUAAAACAGGCCACAGCUUUAUUUAUAAAUUAACAAAUAUAUUUUUCAACCAAUAAAUAACAUUUAUUAACCAUAUAAACAUGAUAUAUAUAUUGUGAUAAAGUGAAGUCAGAUAGGCCUUUUAACCCCAGGGGGAGUAUGUGUAGGAUGUGUUGUAGGCAACACAAAACACUGUUUAGUUAUGGGCCCCUGGGGUGGAGCAUUUGGAGAGAAGGGUGGGCCAAUGCUCCACUCCACAGUUUAGUGGUUUUCUGGGGAGACAUAGAUCCAGGCCAGGGUUUUUUGGACCGUCUCCAACCCACUGCUCAGCUGCAGUUAAUGAGCUGUUGCAGUGGGAAUAAACCCCUCCCUGGCUAGGCAGGUAAAGGAGAGGGAUUGCUGGCUUCCUCCCAGGAAGCAGGUAGGAGAGAGAGGCUGUUCUCUCCAGAUAGAGUCAAGGAGACUAGGCACUUGGAGUGCAGAAAGGAAGCAGUCAGGGCAAGGCUGGCUUGGAGCACUGGGAGUGCAGAAAGGAAAGCAGUCAGGGCAAGGCUGGCUUGGAGCACUGGGAGUGCAGAAAGCAAAGCAGUCAGGGCAAGGCUGGCUUGGAGCACUGGGAGUGCAGAAAGGAAAGCAACAGGCUAGCUAGCAGAGUGUUGCUCUCUAAUAAGGUUGGUGCGAUAUUGUUUUGUUUAGUUUAACCCUGAGAGAUAGGGAACCUAAUGUCAGUUAGUGCUCAGAUGAGCUAGGUUUUUGUUUAUAGGGUUUUCUGUUACAUUUGUUUUCAUUUACUGCUGUAUCCUGUGUGAACUUACAAAUAAAGUGCCUGGAGUAUUUGCAAUUAGAAGGACUAUGCAUGUUUUUGCCCUAGAGGACCGUGCUACCUGCUGACAAGGAUCACAAUAUGGUGGAGAAUGCGGGCAAAGUAGCACAUUGAGAGUCUGUGGGUGUGCCAGUCAUUCGGUAGUCUGCUUGAGGACUUUUAUUUUUGCAGACCUGUUAAGCAAACAAGUAGCACUGUACCUUUAAGACUGUUACCUGCUUGGUGCUAUAAUGGAGGACCUGCUGAGAGCUGUGGUACAGGCAACUGCUAAACAACAAGGCACAAACAGUUUCCUGGCUGCACAGGUUAAGAACCUGAGGGACGCUCAGCAGGAGCAUAGAGCUGCCCUUACUGAGGUUUUGCAGAUUUCCCCCUGCAGGGAGCGUGGGGACAAGGGACCCUGUAACCAAGCUACUGACACCCUGCAUGGGAUGACAGAGGCAGUAGAAGAAGUCUUCAGCAAGCUGAAAACAUGGAGGCAGCAAAGCGUGCUGUUGAGAAACACGCAGGAGAGAGAGAACAGGAAUUAGAAGGCAAGAAGGAUGAAAUUGAGCCUAAAAGUAGUGAUAAAGAGGUCUUUGAAAAAGAGUUGGUGGUAAGCAAAAACCACCCAGAAGGUGUAAGUAAAGCUAGUGAAUACAGCCAGGGAACGAAAAAUGAAGCAGAAGCCCCUGAUGUACACCCAAGUGAACAAGUCAAAGGCAUGAGAAGCAGACUGACUUGGGGAGUCAGAGAAGACAACAGUAAAGGAGCUGAGCAAAAUGAAGAGAAGCAAAGCACUCCAGUUGAGUAUAACAAUGUGAUGCGCUGUUUAGUAGCAGAGGCUACCCAAAAAUGUCGACCAGCUGUUGAACAGUUUGGCAGAGAAAAGCAAGGCAGAGAAGUAGUGGCAAAACAAAGUCAAAACAAGAAAGGCAAAGUAGCCGCUUCUGAUCUAAGCCAAGAGAGAGCGACAGUUACAGAACCAAGCUGUGGUGAUAAGAUAGGCACGUCCGCACCUAAGCCCGACCAAGGCGGAAGUGACAAAGUAGAUGACAUUGGCGUAGCAGAACAAAAUAUUUCAGAGACACCUGGUAUUGUUAAAAAGACUUUGAAUGAUUGUCCAGGAGCCGUAGAACUAGAUCUGCUGGCAAAGACUACUGCUACAAGGCCUGGGCACACUGACUACCGGGAACAGCUGCCAGAUUCUGGGAACACAGUCAUGGAAUUAAAGGCGGGACUCGGAAUGCCUGACUGGCUGUUUGAUACCAGGGCUGUAAUGACUCAGCGAGAGGCCAUAACUGCGUCUCUGGACACCCCCAUAGAGAGCAAGGCAGGUUCCCAGGGAUUCGCAGAACAGAUGGAGGAUGUUGUGGAGCCCUUCGCGGAGGAACUUGUUCCAGUGAAGGAUGAGCUGGUGACAGAACCAGGUCUUGAAGAGGUUGAGCACCUGGAAAAUUCAGCUCAUGAAGGAAUUGGACGUAUAGCUACACGCCAAGCCUUUGCAAAGUUUGCUUUUGAAAGUUACUCUAACAUUGAGAGAUUGUCAAAUCAGAAGCUGCUGUGGAUGUGGAAGCAGAUGAUGAUGAUUCAGAGGAACUCGGCUACUAAGGAGCCACACAGUACUGAUCCUCAGCCUAGAUCCGCUAGCAACCAGAUAAGCGGGGAAACUGGAAAGCAAGGACAAAGUCUGGGACAAUAUACCUAUGAUGGUAGAACGUACCUAAAAGUCCUAUUUUGGCUACGAGACCAGACUGAGAAAAACUGCUUCAACUGCCGCAUGCAUGGACAUAUUACAUAUAGCUGUCCUGAGAGUGAAGAGACAAUACAAUGUGACAUAGUAAUAAGGGCUCUGUAUAGGAUUGUAUUGACUUGCUUAAAGAUGUGUAUGGUGACUAGUGGUGGUGUUACAGCACAGCUAAAAGUGGUGAUGGUGGUAGGGAAGAGUGCACAAGCACUAAUUAAUCAAGGGAGCAAGGUAGCAGCCAUCUGCAAUAGGCCACGUCCUGUAACUGAGAAGCUAGUCAGGGCUGGUACAGCCCUAGGUUUUAUAAAUGUUCACGGUUUGUGUUUGAAGGCCGCUUGACCCGAUGGGUCUGAGCUGGGGAGGAGGAUAUGUGAUAAAGUGAAGUCAGAUAGGCCUUUUAACCCCAGGGGGAGUAUGUGUAGGAUGUGUUGUAGGCAACACAAAACACUGUUUAGUUAUGGGCCCCUGGGGUGGAGCAUUUGGAGAGAAGGGUGGGCCAAUGCUCCACUCCACAGUUUAGUGGUUUUCUGGGGAGACAUAGAUCCAGGCCAGGGUUUUUUGGACCUUCUCCAACCCAGCUGCAGUUAAUGAGCUGUUGCAGUGGGAAUAAACCCCUCCUGGCUAGGCAGAGAAAAGAGGGGGAUUGCUGGCUUCCUCCCAGGAAGCAGGUAGGAGAGAGAGGCUGUUCUCUCCAGAUAGAGUCAAGGAGACUAGGCACUUGGAGUGCAGAAAGGAAGCAGUCAGGGCAAGGCUGGCUUGGAGCACAGGGAGUGCAGAAAGGAAAGCAGUCAGGGCAAGGCUGGCUUGGAGCACUGGGAGUGCAGAAAGGAAAGCAACAGGCUAGCUAGCAGAGUGUUGCUCUCUAAUAAGGUUGGUGCAAUAUUGUUUUGUUUAAUUUAACCCUGAGAGAUAGGGAACCUAAUGUCAGUUAGUGCUCAGAUGAGCUAGGUUUUUGUUUAUAGGGUUUUCUGUUACAUUUGUUUUCAUUUACUGCUGUAUCCUGUGUGAACUUACAAAUAAAGUGCCUGGAGUAUUUGCAAUUAGAAGGACUGUGCAUGUUUUUGCCCUAGAGGACCGUGCUACCUGCUGACAAGGAUCACAAUAUUUAAACCACAGACUCGUCCUUGCAAAACCAUUCCAUCACCAAACACGAGUACUCCUCGGCACCUGUCCCCCCUCGUCCAAACACCACCUGACCUCCAACUUGACCUUAACUUACCACCAUGCCAACCACUGGCCGACCUUUGACUCAGUGGGCACGUCUGGAUGUCCAAACAUUUACCAGAAGUUAGGGGAGGGACCAGACCCAACCUUCCUUCUUCCCCCUGUACUCUUCCUCCAACGCGGAUUGGCAAGGACCAAACCCCCCAGCUGCGACAAGAGAAUAGAGUUAGUAACAUAUAACAAAACAUCAACAAGGGAGGGAGGGUGGGAAGCUGUUACCAAGAUAAGAUGGUUGAAGUCAGGAGGCAAAAUGCCUGCCUAUUUAUAUAGUCCAUCCCCUUAUUCAUUUCUUUACCUCUCCCCCAUAUUACACCUACACUUCACCACACCCACACAUGCCUCUUAUACGGCUAGCUUUCAGCCUGCCUCCUCAGGAUCUAGUAUGCCAAAAACAGAGGAAUGGAUGUCUUUUAAAGCACAGCAAACCUGACAAGUUGCAUGAUUAUUAUAUGUGAUACAUACUUUGUAAGGAAUCCUCCCAGUUACCUGUUAAAGGGACUCUCACACGAUGUUAUGUGGGUUGGUGUAAAGUGCAGUAUUAGCAUAUGUUUAAACCAGCUCACUUUUGGUGAAUACAGGGCAUUCCAAUCCAUAUACAUUGUCUUGACAUUGUGUGGCCAACCUAUCUUGUUUCCAUAAAUUUUGUGUGACUUUACCUAGGUAUAUGUUGUAUAUGUUUAGAUGUCUUAAAAUAUGUCUGAACUAGAUGCUCAUGUUCCAGAAUGCUAUUAUUAGAAAAUAAAAAUAAAAUGGCAAUAGAAGCUCAAAGCAAGAGAACAAUUCAGAUUUCGUUGCCAAUAAUGCGUAUUACUAAACUCAACACAAUACUAAACUCCCUACCUAACGCCCAUUUUGCCAGAUUUUGAACUAGCUUAUACAUUUUCAUUAUUUAAAAAAAAAAAAAUUCACAUGGCAUCAUCAAUAUUCCAUCAAUCAAUCCAUUACAAUGUGAUAAUAUUAAAUAGUUAAAACCAUAGUUGUAACCAUAAUUAAACUGCCUUUCCCUGCAGGAAAAACUUAUUUUAUUUUUUUAUUCCAUAAACUCCUUAUGCAUUUGCAUGUAUCAAAUAAUAAUUAAUUCAAUGUUCAUUUAAUAAUUUAUGGGUUUUAUACAUUUUACAUCUGUUGAUUCACAACACAGUGGUAAAUACUCUGCUAGAAUGUAUGUUGGCCUCUUCCAAUCCUCUAAGAAGGAUUUUAAUACUUGAAUUAGAUUUAAUGGUUAACAAAAAAAAGUAUCAUUCUCACAUAUUUGCUCACCUGAUCCUUGACCUUGUUGUCAUAGUUUUUCCGUGACACUGACACAGAGAUGUAAUUGGCGUUAGUAACAAGGAGCGAUAGAAAAUAAUACAAUUAUUGACUAAUAAAGCAUUAUCCUGUUUUAAGGAAGAGUAUUUCAGAUUUUGUUUUUAACAUCAUAUUUGUCUCUUAAUUUGAAGCCUUCCAAGCAAUUCAAUACUAAUAGAAAAAUAGUUCCAAAUAAUUUUUUUACAGAUGUCACCAUUAAAGUUUUUGGGACUUUUUGUACAAAAAUUAGUUGCAAAUUUUUUCUAACAGUAUUGAAUAAUUUGGAAAGUUUAUUAAAAGGAGGUGUUAGUUGGUUAUUUUCUAUUGUCUGACUUUCUUGAUCCUUCAAAAUGUACUCAUUUUUGCAUAUUUUAUCUAACAGUACCAUAUUGGAUUUCGUUCGUCUCUUUCCUCCGCUGGGGAUUCGAAGGACUAAUGCAAGUUCAAUUCACAGAUCUGUCAUAUAGUUUGUCCCUAAACAAUUUUACCAUCACUGUUCCGGGAAAACUGGUGAGGCAAUAUUUCACAGUUUAAGCAACACUGUUUUUCUCAAUAUUACUUCUUUUACCAUAAAGUUAGUAGAAAAUAACAUUCCUAUUUUUUUGCCCCAUCAUGUAUUAUUAUUAUUAUUGCCAUUUAUAUAGCGCCAACAGAUUCCGUAGCACUUUACAAUAUUAUAAGAGGGGGGAUUUAACUAUAAAUAGGACAAUUACAAGAAAACUUACAGGAACGAUAAGUUGAAGAGGACCCUGCUCAAACGAGCUUACAGUCUAUAUAUGGCAAUAAAGAUGGUAGAGAACGAUCCACUAGAAUAGUGUGUUCCACAAUCACCAAUCACUGAUUUUAAAAUUGACUUCUUGACAAACUGAAUGACUAUAUAUUAUUUGUAAAUUUAACUAACUUAGGAAAUAUGAAUAAACCAGUCUCAUAGCUAUCGAUAUGAUGCAUAGUUUUUUUUAAUUAUCAGAAGUAAAUGCCCAAGUAAUAAAUGCAGCAGCCAUUUUAGAGCCCAGAGCAGGUCUGUGACUGGGGCACAAUAUAUCUUGUGGCACAACUGGGAUAUAUAUAUAUAUUUUAUGCCUAUGAGUUUCUUACCUCUGGCAUCUAGUUUUACAGCUGAUUGAUAUCGCGUUUUGCUUUAGGGCAGGUCAUUAAAUUUUUUAGGAGUUAAAACUGCAACAUACUUUAUACUUUCCUGGUUAAUGAUCAGAAUAUACGAUUGAUAUAAUAUUUCCUAGACCAGGGAUAGGCAUCCUUCGGCACUCCAGAUGUUGUGGACUACAUCCCCCAUAAUGUUCUAACACCCAUUAAGAUGGCAAAGCUUCAUGGGAGGUGUAGUCCAAAACAUCUGGAGUGCCGAAGGUUGCCUAUGCCUGUCGUAGACCAUAGUCCCCAACCCAUUCCUCAUGGACUACCAACAAUCUAGGAUUUAUGUAUAUCUUUUUUUAUUCAAACAGAGAUAAUGACAAAACCUUGGCUGUUGGUGGUCCACGAGGCUAGAUUGGGGACCACUGUCCUAGACUACCAAAUUACUUAAUAAGACAAGAACAAGCCCAUAAUAACCAUAAAUAUAAAAUUAUUAUUCUACCUCACUACUAGUUAUAAUAACAUACAUGAGAGAUUUUGGAACGUCUUUCAACCUUGUGGUUUCAAUGACUAAAUAUUAUAUCAACCUUUAUUUUCCCUUCAAUCAUGGGGAUUAAUACAAAUCUGUAUCUCUUGUGUACACAUGAUUUAGGCAAAACAUUAUAACUAAACUCCAUGCAUAACUUCUUUGCAGAUCAUCAAAAAUAUGGAGAUGGACUCGUAUCCACUAUACCUGUGCUACUUAGUGCUGAUUGGUAUAAUCGCUGGCUUUCUUGUACUCUAUUUCAUAAGCCUAAAGUUUAUUAAACAGAAAUCAAGCCAAGACUGGUAAACAUAAGAUUCAAUGGACAGCACUGGACUAAUUUGCAAAAGGUUAGAGUUGACAAGGAAUCCUUCUUGUCAGCUAUGAAGACCCCACCAUGCUAUGCUCUACAACAGUUGACCCAUGGCUAACCAGCUGAUGUUAGGCUACAACUGGCAGAGGAUUCUGGGGAAUAUUAUCCAGUCACCAGUGAAGUGCCACGUUGUAUAUAUCAAAGAUACUGUAACGGCACGUUUUAAUCUAUGGACACAUUUUUUUCAGAUUAUAUUGUCACAGUUUACUGCUGGUCUAGUGGUUAAAUAGUUGAUGUUAUUGUAAAUGCACUGAUGCAGUGAUGUAGCUAUGCUGAUUAUAUACUCUAUGUAAAGAGAAGAGAAAUAACUAUUGUUCAAGAAGUACUACAAAUUGCCAAGUGAUAAAUGUAUACUGAGUUCAAGAAGCCACUGGGUGGCAGUAAAAUCCUAAUAUUCUAUAAGUUGCAGGACAACAAUUUUAACAUAAACAUUCUUUUUUUCUUUUCAGAAAUGG